UUUCCAUCAUUAAUUAAAAGAAAGUUAGAGUUGCAGAGCAGAACCCCAACUCGAGUCUUCUGAUUCUCCGGUGAACUAUAUCACCAGCUUUAACUUCAGCUCCCGCCGCACUUCUUACGGGCUUGGGCAAUUCAAGUAUCACAAAAAUGUCGGAGAAAGGAGGAAAAGGGGGCAAUGCUCUAAAAUCACCUGUUGGGAACGGUGACAGCUCAGGAAAACAGAAAAAGGGGAAAAAAGUUCAGUUUGAUUCUGAAGAUAGUUUUGAAACACAUACUCAUAAAUUGAAUGGGAAGGCUGAUACUCCAGCUGCAAAAGGUGGAAAAGGUGACAAAACUGCAAAUGGCUCUAAAAAAUCCACAGGCAAAGGGUCAGCCCUGGUGGAGCGAAGACUUGAUCAAGAGCUUCCGUCCAAUUCUGCAUGUUUGAUGGACUGUGAAGCUGCAGAUAUAUUGCAGAGCAUCCAGGAUCAGAUGGUUAUAUUGUCUCAAGAUCCUGAUAUAAAACUCCCAGUUUCAUUUGAUAUGGGACUGACAUAUGCCAAGAGAGGUGGGAACUAUGCAAAACCUGAGACGGUGAAGAAGAUAUUUGAGCCACUGAAGAAGCAUGGUGUUUCUGAAUGUGAGAUCUGCUUGAUUGCCAAUAUUUGCCCUGAAUCAGUGGAUGAAGUUUUUGCUGUUGUCCCAGCUCUGAAGCCUAAGAUGAGCAAGUUAAGGGAUCCCCUAAGAAUUGCUUUGGAUGAACUGGCAAAUCUCAAAGAAGCAUUGGCUAACCUUAAAAACUCCACAACAUAGACUGCUAACAGAGGAGGAUGUGGAACCAUGAUACAUGAUGUGGGGCUUGGUGGACGUGCAUCUCUCCACUAAAAAUGGACAUUUUCCUAUGGUGUAUAGCAUUAAGUAAUUUUAGUUUAAUGGCAAUCAAGUAUUGCAAAUAUCGUUGAUGCCAUGCUGCAUUUUGGGAAGGCUAAAUUGGCAGGAUGAAGGGUGCAUCAUCACAAUUUACUGAAAUUGUCGCUCAUUCAAUUUUUAACUGAACCACCCUAUAUCAAUAAAAUUAGAACCUCCUGUGGACUUGUAGUUAAGGAUAAGUAUGAUUUUCUAGCAUUAGGCAUGCAAUAUAUGUGCAAAUUAGAACGUCUUGACUUGCUUUUCAAUAGUUAGGUGUUUUGUUAUGUGUUGUUUUGCAGUUCAAGUCAACGGUUUCUCAUUAGAAUAUCCACUGGUGCUUUUCCAGCCACAAUCACAACUUAUACAUUUUCAAACAUCUUUCAGUAUAUGUAUAUAUUUUUCAAUUUAA